AUGCUGGCGGCCUUAACCCUGACCUCCCUGAGCCUCAUAGUGUGGGCGUCAGACCUCUGCCCCCCCGCCUGUCAAUGUGUGAACAACCUGACCACCGUUGGAUGUCAGGGGAAAGGACUGGACCUGCUGCCUGAGCUGCCAGAGGGCACCGAGGAGCUGUACGUCUCUUACAACCUGAUACAGGAAAUACCCCAGCGUGGGCUGGAGAAGCUGCAGAUCUUGGACCUGACUUCGAAUCGGCUGAACGACUUCCUGUCCCUCAACCCAGUUUGGCCCGAUAUGACAAAGCUAUCCAAGCUUUUCCUACGUGCCAACAGGCUGACGUCUCUUCACCCUGGUCAGUUCCUGAAGUGCACUGCCCUCAGCUUACUGGACCUGAGUGAAAACCAGCUCCAACAUCUACCAGUCGGACUCCUCCGAGGACUAGCUCAUCUGAAGACACUGUUUCUGAACUUUAACCAGAUUCAGAUGUUACAGGCUGGUGGAUUGGAAGGGGCCUUCGUCCUAACCGACCUACACCUCAGCUAUAAUAAUGUAACACAGAUAGAAGAAGGUGUUUUCAACAACUCCAGGGCUUUAGAGAAACUUGUCCUGUCUCGAAACAGCAUCAGACGAGUGGGCGGGGACAGUUUCAGAGGAGCAACAAGUCUCCAACACCUUGACCUGAGCGGUAAUCUGCUGAUCGCUGUUCCUGCCGAGGCACUGGGUCACACAAAGCAGCUGAAAUAUCUGUAUCUACAAGGGAACGGCAUCAUCAGCCUUCCAGAUGAUUGUUUCUCUUCACUGAACCUGCUGGUUGAUCUAAACUUGAGUAAUAACAAGCUGACCACGGUGUCUGAGGGAUCUCUGAAAGGUCUGACCACGCUGCGAGAGCUGGACCUCAGUGUCAACCUCAUCGACUCUCUUCCCUCGAAACUGUUUAAUGACCUGAUCAACCUUGAAUUACUUGACUUUUACAUGAACAGCCUGACAUUGCUUCCUUCUGACAUAUUUAGAAACUUGACCAACCUGCAACAGCUACAACUGGACAGUAAUAACAUCUCUGUUCUUCCUGACGGGGUAUUUGAUUCGCUGUCCACACUCAGUGAGCUACAGCUGUCGUACAACCGUAUCGUGAAUCUCCAACCUGAUCUGUUUGCCAGACUCAGGUCACUAGAGAGUCUCUACCUGGAGCACAACGAGCUGAGGCAACUUCCCAAAGGACUUUUCCAACGGAUGAGUGACGUCAGUGAGAUCGACCUCAGCGACAACCACCUCAGCUCUCUGCCUCCCUCCGUCUUCCUCGGGUUGGUGAGAGUGUCUUCACUGAGGCUUUCUCAUAACAAUCUCUCUUCUUUACACUCAGACCAGUUCAGAGACCUGAUCGGUUUGAGAGAUUUAAUGCUAGAUGGAAACCAUAUUUGUGAGCUUCCCAAAGGCCUGUUCACGAAUCUAGCAAACCUUACAACACUGCAUCUGGACAACAAUUGUCUCUCAGAGCUGUCCCCUGAUGACUUUGUGGGGUUAACCUCCCUGAAAGAGCUCAGGCUGAACUUCAACCAGCUUUGCAACAUCCCAUUCAACACCUUCCAUGUCCUGCACAACCUCCGCAAGCUCCUGCUGAAGAACAACAGCCUGGAUUCUUUACACCCUGAGCUCUUUGUUUGGCUUUCGAAGCUAGAAGAACUAAACUUGGAUGGAAACAAGCUGCAUCACCUGCAGGCUGACGUCUUUCACGGACUCACAAACCUCCAGAAACUCAGUUUGAAGUCCAACCAGCUCAGAGCAGUGGAGACCGGAGCUUUUGAGCCUUUGAGGAAACUCAGUGAUGUGCGUCUGUCUGGUAACUUGUGGGACUGCAGCAGUGCACACGUUCUCUCCAUCAGCUGCUGGGUCAACACACACAGAGACAGGCUGGGAGAUCAGCCUCUCUGCUCCGUCUCCUCUUCAUCACCAGCCCUCACUGAGGAGGCAGCGCUCUCACACCCAGCAUCGCCUCCCCUGUGGUUAGGAGAUAAUUGUGCUGCAAAUGAUACAAGCAGCUCUAAACCUUUGUUUCCUCUAGAAAUGCUUACUCUGCUCAUGAUGUUGCUCGUGGCAGUCAGACCAACUUGA